UAGAAGCUUAGAAGAAAAGCUUAAAACAACAUGGUAAUAAUAUGGACAAAGUUUAAGAUUGAUUUGUUUGUCCUUUAAACUUUAAGACAAAUGAAGUUAUGUAUCAAAAAGAAGUAUACUAAUUUGAUGAGCAGUUUCAUCUCAAGAGACCAACCAGUCAGACAAGAUACUAUCUUGUGUCCAUGAAGAAGAAGAAACCUAAUUAUUCCCUUCUCACACUCCUCAUUAAAUGGAUGAUCAAUAACAACAAUUCAAACAUAUUUCAAUCUUCCAUUACAAUACACAAACUGCCACAACUACCAUGCAUAUACUUUCUUCCUACUGUCAUAAAAUCAAGAUCCCGCAUUUCUCCCACAAACCCGCGUCGAGAUUUUGUCCGGUAAAGAAUUCGCAAAAACCCGAAUGCCCGAAUUCCCUUUUCCCUCCAGCAAACCAGGUGACAAUUUUCACGUCAACUUUUUUUUUUUUUUUUUUUUUAAUAUCUUAUUUAUCCAUGUGGGAGAAAAUUCAAGAAAAUGUGUUGCAGAGUGUUGCAGCGAUUGUGUUUGGAGAUGGAUCUUCGUCACACACGAAGCUGUAUCCGUUGACGAAGAGGAGAUCAGAAGCAGCGAUUCCCAUAGCAGGAAACUACAGACUCAUCGAUGCAGUUGUGAGCAACUGCAUUAACAGUGACAUCACGAAAAUAUACGCACUCACACAAUUCAACUCCACUUCUCUCAAUUCCCACAUUUCAAGAGCUUAUUCGGGCGCACGUCUCCCCAAAGAGGGCUUCGUUGAAGUCAUCGCAGCUUAUCAAAGCCCAGAAGACAACGGCUGGUUCCAGGGAAGUGCAGAUGCUAUAAGGAAAUGUUUGUGGGUACUUGAGGAGUAUCCAGUAACAGAGUAUUUGGUUCUUCCGGGGCAUCAUCUUUAUAAAAUGGACUAUCAGAAAAUUGUGGAUGCCCACCGAAGAAACGAAGCCGAUAUAACUGUUUCGGUGUUCGGUAGAGGAGAGGAUGGUGUGGAUUUUGGAUUCGGCAUUUUCGAAAUAAAUGCUGAAAAUCAAGUUCUUGAGUUUAGACACAAUUCAGACAUGAAUGCCACUCACAAGUCCAAAUCAGUCAAUUUAGGCAGCAUGGGAAUCUAUGUUAUUAACAGAGAUGUAAUGAUAAAGCUCCUCACUGAAUAUUAUCCCACUGUCACUGACUUGAAAACUCAAGUAAUACCUGGUGCAAUUUCUCUUGGAAUGAAGAUUCAUGCUUAUCAAUUCGACGGAUAUUGGGAAGAUAUGAGAAGCAUAGAGGCGUAUUACCGCGCAAGUAUGGAAACCAUUCGAAGGGCAAACAAAGCAUACAAUUUCUUCGAUAGAGAUUGUCCUCUUUACACAUUGCCUCGUCAUCUCCCUCCAACUCUUGUAACCGAUGCUGUCAUCAUCGAUUCCGUCAUUGGAGAUGGUUGCUUCCUCAGUAAAUGCAGGAUAAAAGGGACAGUAAUCGGAAUGAAGACAAGGAUUGGAGACAAUGCUGUAAUAGAGGAUUCCAUAAUCAUGGGAUCUGAUACUUAUCCUCAUAAUGGUGUCAAUGAAGGGGAAGCCAAUGGUAUUCCUAUUGGAAUUGGGGAAGGUUCACACAUAAGGAAAGCCAUAAUCGACAAGAACGCAAGAAUUGGCAAAAAUGUUACGAUUCUAAAUAAGGAGAAUGUGCAGGAAGGGAACAUGGAAGAAAACGGGUAUAUCAUUUCAGGAGGAAUCGUUGUAGUUAUAAGGAAUGCAGUUAUCCCCGAUGGAACCAUCCUCUAAAAAUAUUUGUCGUAAAUGAAAAUCUAUACUCACACUUUCUUAA